AGAAAAUUUAUUUAAAAAGAUGCAAUCGGCCAUUCGAAACGUUGUCUCCUCGUCACUUAAGAUACGGUGCAAUCGGGGGGCCCUGACUGUCUUCCACCACCGUCAAUACUCCACAACUCACGAUGCGGAUUUGGUCGUGAUUGGGUCGGGACCUGGGGGCUACGUUGCGUCGAUUAAAGCCGCCCAACUUGGCUUAAAAACAGUAUGUAUAGAGAAAGAACCGACUUUGGGGGGCACCUGCCUCAAUGUGGGGUGUAUACCAUCCAAAGCCUUACUCAACAACUCACACUAUUACCACAUGGCCCAUUCCGGUGACCUGGGGGCACGUGGCAUAAGCGUGGACAAUGUCCGACUUGAUUUGGAUAAAUUAAUGGGGCAAAAGGAAAAUGCUGUCAAGGCUUUAACUGGGGGCAUAGCGCAACUUUUCAAAAAGAAUAAAGUCACACUGAUCAACGGACAUGGGAAAAUUACAGGUGUUAAUCAAGUGACUGCUUUAAAACCGGAUGGAUCGUCGGAAGUUGUUAAUACGAAAAACGUGCUAAUUGCCACUGGGUCAGAAGUUACUCCAUUUCCUGGAAUUGAAAUCGACGAGGAACAAAUCGUUUCAUCAACUGGCGCUCUUUCAUUGAAAGAAGUCCCUAAACGACUAAUUGUAAUCGGCGCCGGUGUAAUCGGCCUUGAAUUAGGCUCAGUUUGGUCUCGAUUGGGUUCCGAAGUGACCGCUGUAGAAUUCUUAAGCAGUAUCGGAGGUGUAGGCAUCGAUGGCGAAGUGGCUAAAACACUACAAAAAGUAUUAACCAAACAAGGAUUAAAAUUCAAAUUGGGCACAAAAGUAACAGCCGCCCAAAAAUCGGGAGGAGUUGUUAAAGUCAGCAUUGAAGAUGCGAAAAAUCCCGACAAGAAAGAAGAGUUGGAAUGUGAAGUAUUGUUAGUUUGUGUUGGACGCAGACCUUACACUCAUAAUCUUGGUCUUGAAGAGAUGGGGAUUGAAAGGGACCAGAAAGGAAGGAUUCCAGUCAAUUCACAUUUCCAGACUGUUAUUCCUAAUAUUCAUGCGAUAGGGGAUUGUAUUCAUGGACCUAUGUUGGCACACAAAGCCGAAGAUGAAGGCAUCAUUUGCGUGGAGGGAAUCACCGGUGGUCCCGUCCACAUCGACUACAACUGUGUCCCAUCUGUAAUCUACACUCAUCCUGAAGUAGGCUGGGUUGGACGUAGUGAAGAAGACUUAAAAAGCGAAGGAAUCGACUACAAAAUCGGCAAAUUCCCAUUCAUGGCCAACUCCCGAGCAAAAACCAACAACGAAACCGACGGUUUCGUCAAAGUUCUCGCAGAUAAAGCAACCGAUCGCAUUUUAGGCACUCAUAUAAUCGGGCCCUCUGCCGGCGAAUUGAUCAACGAAGCGGUGUUAGCACAAGAGUACGGAGCGUCGAGUGAAGAUGUCGCUAGAGUGUGUCAUGCACAUCCCACGUGUGCGGAGGCCUUAAGAGAGGCCAAUUUGGCGUCGUACUUCGGAAAACCGAUCAACUUUUAAAAGCUGCCCAUUUUUUUCCG